UUAUUGACUGUAGCAAAAUUGGAACAGAAAACUCUUUAGAAGUUGUCUCUGAUCAAUCAACAAUGAAGCCAGAAGAUGUGACAGUGAGAUCAGACACUCUAAUUUUGGACUGUUCGAAAUGUACUACAACAGAGAGCCCUACACCGAUUGUCUCAAAUGAAUGGCUAGAAGAAGAACCAGAAACUGAACCUGCAAUAACCUGUGAAGAAUUAAGAGCCAAGUUAGAAGCACAGAUAGCUGCUAUUGCAUCAGUGCAUGGUAAAAUUGAACCCGAAAAGACUGAGACACUAGUUUCCAAAGGCACAGAUGCUACCGAAUGCUUGGUUUAUCGAUCUCCACCAACUGCUGCUGACAGAGACUUAAAAAAGAAAUCAGUACUGCAGGCAUAUCCUCCACUACCAAAGACACCACCACCAGAUAUUGCAAGUAGUACAGUCACAGUUAAAGUUGCCCUACUUCCUACUGGUGAUGUUAUGACCGUGGCACUCCCCAUCUGCCUUACAACAGGGAAGCUAAAAGCACGAUUUGGAAAAGAGUUGAAAGUACCAGCAAAUAAAUUGGAAAUAACAUGUGACAGCAAAAUAGCUAAGGACUCUGAAACACUGGUAGACUUAGGAGUCAGACCACAUGGCUCUAUCCAGCUGGAACUGACAUCUGUUGAUCCUGAAAAAUACCCAAUCAAACUAAUUAGACCACAGCAGGAAUCUGCCACGUCUGAUGUGAUAACUGUCACCAUUCAAAAAGAUGAUGAGACUUGUUAUUGUGUUGUGGUGGAGAUCGAAAGACGUCCUUAUCACAAGCCUUUUUUGGGUGGCUUCAGGCACAAGAUUACAGGAAAAGAAUUUCAUCAUGCAGGAACACAGACUCCGAUCAAAAAAACAAACUGUAGCUGUGUGGAGAGGUUCUGCAGGGAAACACAGACAGUUUAUGCCAAGAAUCAGUAUCAGCAAACAACAAAUAACACAUCCACACAAAUGACCAAAAUUGGCUGUUACGUGUCUAAUAUCACAGACAAAUUGGUUACUCCAGGAAAAUACUUCACUGCUGCAGAAUACCAUGCUCAGAGAUUGAAAGCGGUAAUUGUGCUGCAGACCCACUUUAGACGCUGGGCUGCUAAGAAUUAUGUUCAACAACUGAGGAUGCAAAGGGAUAGGAGGAUACAAUGGGAACAGGAGCAAGAACUGAAAAUUAAAAUGGGAAAGCAAGAAUACUUGAAGAAACAGUAUGAAAGAAGAAUGAAUCCUAAGACAAAAGAAGAUUUUGAUCUACUCUUUCAUGCAUUGGAAGUGUGGAAACAGGAGGAGCUGAGUAACAUAAACCGUACUCUUACUGGACCAGAGAGAAAAGCAGCUCUUUACACGCUGCUGGAGCAAGAAGCACAGCUUAUUGCAUCAAUUUCUCGACACAAAGUUGAUGCUGCUAAGGAAACUGGACCAAAACUAAUUCAGAAUCUUUUGAAUAAGUGUGCAGAUCCCAUAAGGUGGAAAGCAUAUGAUGGGCGAGUCACUGAAAUGGACACACCGUUCACCAUCCGGGCCAGAGAGCUACGAGAUAUUUACAACAGUAUUAACAUGAAAUACUUGACCCAGGACGAGCGGCUGGAUGCGCUUUUGACACUGAAGCAUACUGUCAAGGAACAUGACUGUAAGUUAACACAAGAAAUUGUGGAAUUGAUUGACAGAGAGGCAGAUCUUCUCAUGAGACAAGUAAAGGAAUCUUACCUGGAAGGACUCAGACAGAGAAUAUCAACACUCUUUCUUCAGUAUGUCAAAACACCAACAUUUAACCCAGAAAUUGCCAGAUUUCUUAAGGUCCCACAGGAUCCAAUGCAAUUACGCAAAAAUAUUUACUUCUGUUCGAGCUGUGGAAGCUAUUUGCCAUCCACAGAGUUCCCCUUGUCACUAACUUCACAGACUCUUAAAAUAUGUCGACAAUGCUUUAAGCUGAAUAAUGAAGCUCGACGUCGUGAAGAAUCGACCUUGUACAAAACAAUGCUUAAGCGGCUGAGAAAAACUGAGGCAAACUUUGAAGAUGGAUCCCGGCUGGCAUUCUUAUUACAGGAACAAGAUUUGAAGCAUCUGGUUGACAGUAUUUGGGGAACACAAUCUGCAUUGAGCGCUUCGAAUAAUCUGAAAGAUUUAACAAUGAUAAGGUGGGAUAAAAGGUUUGAGUGGUCUCCAUGGAACUGUAUCCUCCUUACAGAAGAAGAAGCUGUGGCCCAUCUUAAACUCAGCAAUAUUGAAAAGGAUUAUGAGGCCACAUUUGUUCGCAAGAUCAAGCAUCGGCACACUUUGGGAAAGACCUAUUUUUCUCGGAUUCCUGAAAUAGUCAAUUAUGCACACACUUGCUUGAUGCAAGACUUGACUUCCAUGAAUGACCUUGUAGUUGCAAACUCACUUCAUUCUAAACAGAAGUUGUAGAU